CCUCCCUCUGCUCCUUCCCUCCCUCCAAACGCGGGAUCCGGGAUCCGUCCUCUGGCAUUCGCGCCGCCUCGCCAACCCCCGCGCCCAGCUGCCCGCACGAGGCCGCCCAGCGCCCGGGCCAUGAAGGAGGAGGCCGCCCUGCAGCGCCGCCUCUCGCUCUGCCCGCCCGCCGCCCCCCCGAAGCCCGCGCCCCGGCGGCUGGCCCGCACCCCGCUCCUCGGCGACGGCGAGAAUGAGCCCGACCCCCUCAGCCCAGGCUGCCUGCCUCCCACGGCGGCCCCGGGGGCAGCCAGGCUGCCGCUGCGCGGCUCCCCCACGGGCUCCCCCCCAGGGACGGACGGGGAGCACAACGGCCCCUCGCUGACCCGGGAGGAGCGGCCCCCGACACCCGGCUCUGCCUGGAAGCUGCCACCGGGGUGCGUGUCAGGGUCCCCUGCCGCCCUCUGCCCAGCCCGCCGAUGCCUGCUCCCGCCCCUCCCGGUCUUGCAGGCGGAGUGCCGGCUGUGCAACGGGUCCGACCGGGAGUGUGUGUCCCCCACAGCCAAGGCCGCCAGGAAGGAGACUCUUAAGGUGCAGAAGGAGAACUACCGGCAGGAGAAGAAGCGCGCCACCAAGCAGCUGCUCAGCGCCCUGACCGACCCCCGCGUGGUCAUCAUGGCCGACAGCCUGAAGGUCCGGGGCACGCUGAAGGGCUGGACCAAGCUGUGGUGCGUGCUGAAGCCGGGCGCGCUGCUCAUCUACAAGACGCCGGGCGUGGGCCAGUGGGUGGGCACGGUGCUGCUGCAGUGCUGCCGGCUGCUGGAGCGGCCCUCCAAGAAGGACGGCUUCUGCUUCAAGCUCUUCCACCCGCUGGACCAGUCCGUGUGGGCCGUGAAGGGCCCCAGAGGCGAGAGCGUGGGCUCCAUCACACAGCCCCUGCCCAGCAGCUACCUGAUCUUCAGGGCCGCCUCCGAGUCCGACGGCCGCUGCUGGCUGGACGCCCUGGAGCUGGCCCUGCGCUGCUCCAGCCUCCUGCGGCUCAGCCGGCCGGGCAGCGACCAGGAGCCCGGGUCCUCGCCCGACGGGUCGCCCUCCUCGCUCUGCGGGCUGCCGCCCUCGGCCGCCACCCACCACCCGGACCUGCUCCCGCUGAACGGGUCGGCCCUGGAGAACGACGCCUUCUCGGACCGGUCGGAGCGGGAGGCGGGCGAGGACUCGGAGCCCGAGGCCCCGGACCUCAGCCAGAGGAGCCGCAGUGACCUGUCCCAGGCCCCGGGCGCCCCCGGCCCUCGAGGGACCACCUACGUGGAGCAGCCCCACGAGGAGCUGGGGGAGCCGGGCGCCGCGGCCCAGGAGCAGCCGGAGCCGGAGGAGCACCGGGGGCUGGUGUGGCUGCUGCUGAGGCAGCUGCGGCCGGGCAUGGACCUGGCCCACGUGGCACUGCCCACCUUCGUGCUGGAGCCCCGCUCCUUCCUCUGCAAGCUGUCCGACCACUGCGCCCACGCGGACCUGCUGUCCCGGGCGGCGCUGGAGGAGGACGCCUACGGCCGCUUCAAGCAGGUGCUGCGCUGGUACCUGUCCGGCUUCUACCAGAAGCCCAAGGGAAUCAAGAAGCCCUACAACCCGGUCCUUGGGGAGACCUUCCGCUGCAGCUGGUUCCACCCUCAGACCCACAGCCUCACCUUCUACAUCGCUGAGCAGGUGUCCCACCACCCGCCCGUGUCCGCCUUCCACGUCAGCAACCGCAAGGAUGGCUUCUGCGUCAGCGGCAGCGUCACGGCCAAGUCCCGGUUCUACGGGAACUCGCUGUCGGCCCUGCUGGACGGCCAGGCCACACUCACCUUCCUGGGCCGGGCGGAGGACUACACCCUCACCAUGCCCUACGCCCACUGCAGAGGGCUCCUGUACGGCACCAUGACCAUGGAGCUGGGCGGCCGGGUGACCAUCGAGUGCAAGAAGAGCAACUUCCAGGCCGAGCUGGAGUUCAAGCUCAAGCCGUUCUUCGGGGGCAGCACAAGCAUCAACCAGGUGUCGGGCAGGAUCGUGGCGGGGGACGAGGAGCUGGCGCAGCUGUGGGGGCGCUGGGACGGGGAGGUGUUCAUCCGGGAGGAGCCCCGCGGGGGCCCCCAGCUCUUCUGGAGCCCGAGCCCCGAGGUCCGCGCGCAGAGGCUGAGGCUGCGCACCGUGCUGCCCGCGGAGCAGGCGGAGCUGGAGUCCGAGAGGCUGUGGCGGGGUGUCACCAGCGCCAUCCGGGCGGGCGACCAGCAGGCGGCCACGCGGGAGAAGCUGGCUCUGGAGGAGGCGCAGCGGCAGCGGGCCCGGGAGCAGCAGCAGCGCCCGGGGCCCUGGGCGCCCCGGCUCUUCCGGCUGGACCCCGCCGCCCAGCAGUGGUGCUACCGCUUCGCCGACCUCCGCCCCUGGGACCCCCGGAAGGACGUGGCCCAGUACGAGCAGGACGGGGCGCUGUGCACCCUGCAGCGGGACAGCCGGCCCCCCCAGGCCCGUCGGGGGGGCAGCCCAGAGCCCAGGCACCAGAGGCCGGGCCCCGACCGGCGGCUCCGCAAGGCCAGCGACCAGCCCUCCGGCCGCAGCCGGGCCACCGAGAGCAGCUCCACGCCCGAGUCCUGCCCCGAGCUCUCCGACGAGGACGGGCACGUCGCCCCCGAGAGCCCGUGCCCGCGGUGCCGGAAGGAGGCGGGGCGGCUGCAGGCGCUGCAGGAGGCUGUGCUGUCUAUCCGGGACGCCCAGCAGGAGCUGCACAGGCACCUCGUGGCCAUGCUCAGCGCCUCCGCCAGGGCGCGGCGGGCGGCGGCCCCGGGCCUCCUGCAGAGCCCGCGCGCCUGGGGGCUGCUGUGCGUGCUGCUGGCCUGCCAGCUGCUCCUGGGCCACGUCCUCACGUAAGGCCGCGGCGCCCCCUGCAGGCCGCCGCCCGCCCGCCACCCAGCACUUCACAUCGGAGCCAGAGGACGGCGCCUGCCCGCUGGGCCCCGCAAGCAGGCUCCGGAGCAGGACGGCCGCAGGGACCUGGCGGCCACCGGGCGCCGCUCGGCCGGGCAGCCCAGCACCGGCCUGGCUGCUCCUGCCCCCCCCCCCACCCAGUGCCCGCUCCUGGCCCCACCGCUCGCUCCCGGGGCAGCGUCCACCUGCCGCGGGCGGGCGUGGGGGCGUGGGGGCCGCCGGGGGUGGACGGUCCCUCCGCGGGGCUGCAGGGGGGAGGAGCCGCCUCGGCCUGAAGCCCAGGCUGUCCCUCCGGAGGCCCUGCCCGUCACCUCGGGGCCCCCGGGGGCCCCCGACUCCGCCAUGGGGUUUGCUCUGCCCGUGGGCUGCUUGGGCAGCCGGUCCUGCAGGCGGGUGGGGACACGGGACCCCGGGUGCGGCUCAGCUGCCCACACGGGGACGCGGGACUCGGGGACACGGGACCCGGGGACACGGGACCCGGGACCCAGGGACACGGGACCCGGGGACGCGGGACACGGGGACGCGGAACACGGGGACACA